AUGUCGGUGAGGAGGUCCUCAUAUAUUAUUCACAUGGAUAACUCUGAAAUGCCAAAGGCUUUUACCAAUCAUCACUAUUGCGCUAUUUUAACUCUUGAUGAACUUGAAGCUUUAAAAAAGUUUCCAGGGUUCAUCUCCGCUUAUAUUGACACAACUCUCACACUUGAAACCACCCACACUCCUAGCUUUCUCUCUCUUGAUGUCUCUAACGGCCUAUGGAAUGUCUCAAACUAUGGCACUGAUAUUAUCAUUGGCAUUGUAGAUAGUGGUGUGUGGCCAGAAAGCCCAAGCUUCAAUGACAAGGGCAUGUCUGCAGGAGUUCCGUCUAAAUGGAACGGUUCAUGUGUAGGAGGAGAAGAUUUUAAUUCCUCCAUGUGUAAUUCCAAGAUUAUAGGGGCUAGGUACUUCAAUAAAGGUAUGAAAGCAAAUAUAGAUCCCAGCAAAAUUCUUAGCAAAGACUCUGCUAGGGAUGAUAUAGGGCAUGGGACCCAAGUUGCCUCUAUAGCUGCAGGUAACUAUGUUGAUGAAGUGUCUUACUUUGAUUAUGCUAAAGGAACAGCCGUUGGAGUUGCACCACAUGCAAGGUUGGCAAUUUACAAAGUCUCGUGGAAUGAGGCAUCUUAUACAUCUGAUGCCAUUGCCGGUAUAGAUCAAGCUGUCGCUGAUGGCGUGGAUGUGAUAAACCUCUCCUUAGUCUAUAGUGUACUAACGCCAUUGUACGAAGAUCUUUUUGCAAGAGCAUCAUUUUCAGCCAUGGAGAAGGGCGUAGUGGUAGUAGCCGCUGCAGGAAAUAAUGGACCAGAACCGUAUACUAUAUCCAAUGGGAGUCCAUGGGUUUUAACAGUCACUGCGGGCACCAUUGAUCGAUGGUUUGCUGGAUCAUUGAUUUUCGGAAAUGGUGAAACUAUUUCUGGAUGGUCUUUGUUUCCAGGCGACACCGUACUACAGAACCUACCAUUAGUGUACAAAAAGGCCACUCUAUCAUCAUGUACUUCACUUGAACUAUACGACGUUAAGGACAAGAUUAUAAUGUGCGAUACUGGGAAUUUCUCUAAUCAAAUUGAUUCUAUAGCCAAAUCCAAUGCAUUAGGAGCAAUAAUUGUCUCCGAGCAUGCUAGAUUACAAGAACGUCGAGACUUAAGACGUUUUCCUUGUCCUUGCGUUGUGAUUAGCUCAAAACAGGCUGAAGUUGUAAUAUCUUCUAUGGAGAAUGCUGCUUCGCUGAAUGUCACCAUGAACUUCAAACAAACAUUUACGAAGACAAAGCCUGCACCGACUGUGGCUUAUUACGCUUCCAGAGGUCCAUCUUUGAGCUUCCCAGAUAUCUUGAAGCCAGAUAUAAUGGCACCUGGGUCAUGGGUCUUGGCUGCUUGGGUUCCAAACAUAGCAGUGACCCAUACAGGGUUUAAAACAAAUUUAUAUAGUAAUUAUAUCAUAAACUCUGGGACAUCCCUUGCUUGUCCUCAUGUUGCUGGAGUGGUAGCGCUUCUAAAAGUCGCACAUCCAAACUGGAGUACAGCUGCCAUUAGUUCUGCUAUAAUUACCUCUGCAAAUACAUUGGAUAAUGCUUUAGCUCCAAUUCAAGACUAUGAUUCUCGAUUUGCUUCGCCUUUUGACAUGGGAGCAGGUCAUAUUAAUCCUAACAGGGCACUUGACCCUGGUUUGGUUUACGAUGCAACCCCCCAAGAUUUUGUGAAUCUAUUGUGUUCAAAGUUUAGUAAGGAGCAAGUCUUCAACAUUACUAAGCGAAAUUGCUCAAAUCCUUCUCUUGAUCUUAAUUGCCCAUCGAUCUCCUUUUAUAGUGAUCAUAAGAAACCAUUUGUUCUUAAAUUUCAGAGGACUGUGGCAAAUGUUGGCGAAGGUGCUGAAACUUACAAAGCUAUAAUGGAUUCACCCUUGGGUACUACAGUUGAAUUCUCACCCAUGAUAUUGGUGUUCAAAGAGAAGUAUGAACAAAGAUCUUUUAAUGUUACGAUUACAUAUAAAGGAAAUCUUAAGGAUCGCCAAUUUUCAUUUGGUCAACUGGUUUGGGUCAAUAACAAUUCGAAAUACACAGUGAGGAGUCCUAUUGUGGUGCAUCCUAGAGUUGAAGGUCUCUUUUGA